UGUUGAAAGCGGGGUCUCAAGAGAUUCUUUUGCAGGUCUGCUUUUCGAAGUUUGAUUAGGUGAUUUGUUGAUUCUUGAUACAAGGUUCUCAGGGUGGAUUUUUUCGUGGUAGUUGCAUUUGUGAUCUCGAGGUUUUGGAAGAAAUCUUGAGACUACCGUAUUUAAAACUUGAACCGUCUGUGAUGACAUUGUUCUUCUGAGAGAUUUCUUGGUAAGAAUAUGGCAGAAGAUCGUAGCAUGAAUUUUCAGCAUGGGGAGUUUUCCCACAAUCUUUCUGCAACCAGCAAGUGGUUUCUUUUCAGUCAGGGGCAGUAAACAGCGCAACAGGGAUGAUCGGCACGAAUAAUAUGAUGGGAUUAGCAGCACAGCAGGGAUGAUUCUGGCUAAUAAUCCUGCAGUGAUGAUAAAUAAUGCUUCUUUGAUGAUCCCACCUAGCAAUUCUCCUAGCAAUAUCCUUCUUGAGCCGGUGCCUGGUCUCAAGCAUGGCAUAGGGUUGGCUGUCGACUGGUCAUAUGAAGAAUUGGCCGAGUUGAGGGAAGGUCUUGACAGAUAUGCAAAUGAACCUAAUAUCAUGAAGUAUAUCAAGAUAGCAGCUAGACUACCUGACAAGACUGUAAGAGAUGUUGCAAUGAGGUGCCGAUGGAUGACUGUAAGUAUUCCAUAUGUUAUAGAAUUAGUUGCAUUUUUUAAUUUAUUCUUCAUGAUAGCUCAUCUAUAUGCUGUUCUGAUUUCCUGUUGCACAUGUAUUAUGAUUUGUUAU